AUGCAGGGAUGCGGGGGCAGCAGCAUAUGCGAGCACGGGCGGCAGCGAUCGGCAUGCAAGGGCUGCAGGGGCAGCAGCAUAUGCGAGCACGGGCGGGUCCGAUCGGGAUGCAAGGAGUGCGGGGGCAGCAGCAUAUGCGAGCACGGGCGGCGGCGAUCGGAAUGCAAGGGAUGCGGGGGAGGGAGCAUAUGCGAGCACGGGCGGGUCCGAUCGGGAUGCAAGGAGUGCGGGGGAGGGAGCAUAUGCGAGCACGGGCGGGAGCGAUCGAAAUGCAAGGGCUGCGGGGGAGGGAGCAUAUGCGAGCACGGGCGGCGGCGAUCGGGAUGCAAGGGCUGCGGGGGCGGGAGCAUAUGCGAGCACGGGCGGGUCCGAUCGGGAUGCAAGGGCUGCGGGGGCGGGAGCAUAUGCGAGCACGGGCGGGAGCGAUCGAGAUGCAAGGCAUGCGGGGGCGGGAGCAUAUGCGAGCACGGGCGGGUCCGAUCGCAAUGCAAGGACUGCGGGGGCGGGAGCAUAUGCGAGCACGGGCGGCGGCGAUCGGGAUGCAAGGGAUGCGGGGGCGGGAGCAUAUGCGAGCACGGGCGGCACGGGCGGGUCCGAUCGGGAUGCAAGGAGUGCGGGGGCGGGAGCAUAUGCGAGCACGGGCGGGUCCGAUCGCAAUGCAAGGGAUGCGGGGGAGGGAGCAUAUGCGAGCACGGGCGGGUCCGAUCGGCAUGCAAGGGCUGCAGGGGCAGCAGCAUAUGCGAGCACGGGCGGCGGCGAUCGGAAUGCAAGGGAUGCGGGGGAGGGAGC